CGCCCACGGGGUAGCUAUCCCGGCGGGCCGCGCGCGGCGGCGUUUGAAUGGCUGUGAGUGGGGCCCGGCUGGGGAUCCCGGGGACGCUCGGAGCCGUCCGGCGCGGUUCGUCAGCACAGGGGCUGGGCCGAGGCGCUGCGGUACCAUGAGGCGCCGGCACUUAAGAGAUUAUGGCAUCUGACACCCACCAUGUUAAAAAACGAAACUUCUCUAAUAGUAUUGAGGAUCAUCCCAUUGAUCUUCCUAGAAAGAGGAUCUCUAAUUUCACUAGUAAGAACAUGAAGGAGGUUAAGAAAUCUCCAAAACAGUUGGCUGCUUACAUAAGUAGAACAGUUGGACAAGCUGUGAAAAGCCCAGAUAAACUGCGCAAGGUGCUCUAUCACAAAAAGUUUGUUCGUCGUUCCUUUCCAAAUCCUUGUUACAGAACUAAGCAGUCCCCUAAAGGCGGGGGCUGUGACAUGGCAAAUAAAGAAAAUGAACUGGCUUGUGCAGGCCAUCUGCCUGAAAACUUGCGCCAUGAUAGUCGAACAUUUGUAGUUAAUGCCGUGGAUUCUGGGUCUUCACAGACAGAAAGCCCAUCGUCAAAAUAUAGUGGUUUCUUUUCUGAGGUUUCUCAGGACCACGAGACAAUGGCCCAAGUUUUGUUCAGCAGGAAUUUGAGAUUGAAUGUAGCUUUGACUUUCUGGAGAAAGAGAAGUAUAAGUGAACUUGUAGCUUAUUUAGUGAGGAUAGAAGACCUUGGAGUUGUGGUAGAUUGCCUUCCUGUUCUAACCAAUAGUUUGCAGGAAGAAAAGCAAUAUAUCUCACUUGGCUGCUGUGUAGACUUACUGCCUCUAGUAAAAUCUCUACUUCAAAGCAAAUUUGAAGAAUAUGUAAUAGUUGGCUUAAACUGGCUUCAAGCAGUAAUAAAAAGGUGGUGGUCAGAACUCUCAUCUAAAUCAGAAAUUACAAGUGAUGGAAAUAUUAAAAUUUUAAAGCAGCAGUUAAAUGGAUUAUGGGAACAGGAAAACCACCUUACUUUGGUUCCAGGAUAUACUGGUAAUAUAGCUAAGGACGUAGAUGCUUAUUUAUUACAGUUGCAUUGAGAGAUUUCAUCUUCUAAAGAGUAUUUGGCUAUUCAAACAGUGCUGGAUUAUAUGAUUUCCAGAAGUAGGUCUCUCCUGAGAACUGUGAACUGUGGAAGAAAUAAAACCAAUCUUUUCUUUUAAAAAGCCACAUAAUAAACCACUAAUGAAAUCCUAACAAUCUACUUCACAUUGAAGUGGAAAUAUCCGGAAGGAGCAGCUUCAACUUCAGUGAGGUGAAAGUGCACUCUGAAGACGUUUGCCUUUGCUACACACAGAUCUCCAUGGCCGUUUGGUAGCAUUGCUUAAGAACUGCUGGGUUUUAACUCAGUCCUGCGUAAGAAUAUCACUUAUAGUAUGCAAAAGCAAGACAGGACUUCUAACCAGGAACUAUAAAGACCAAUCACUAAUUUUAUUGUGUUUUAUGAAGAAACACUUAAAUGUGUGCAGCUAUUUUCUUCUGUUGAAAAGACUUCGAAAGUUUAAAACAUCAUAGUAAGUAAUAUUAAAUUUUUUUGUCCACGCUGAUACUGUGUGCAAAUGCCUUAAUUAUUGAUAAGCCAAUGUGUUAUAAUACCAAUAUCUCUUUUUAAAAAUUAAAAGCAACCAUGCUUCUGGCAUGAUAAAAUCAUGGAAUUAAAUCAGGGGUUUACAUUCAUGUAGAAUGUUGUUGUUGAAAUAUAUUCUACACCAUUUUUUAAACUUGAGAAAUUUUUAGCAUCUCUGAUUUUUUUUUUGCCAGAAUCUUCAUGUUAUGUUUGUAUGUAUGUGUUAUCCUUAUAUAAAGAAAAAGGUGAAUAUGUAUUUGUAUGAAUGUUUAACUGAAAAUGUUCUUGGAGUUGGCUAAUUUAUAUUCACUUUUUAUUGUAUAUGGAUUUCUAAUAUUUUUCAUUUCUGUAACAUUUAAACUUCAUUUGAGUAAAUUUACUAAAUAUUUCUA